GGCGGGCGCGGGCUGCUGGGUGUCCCCUUUAAGAGCGCGGCGCGGGCGGGGCGCUCCCCCUACGGCACCUAGUGGACCGCACGUCCCGGUUUGGCCGCGCCGGGUCACCUGACUCCGCCGAGCCACAAACCUGAGGAGGGGCCGGGAGGAGCAGGAGGAAGAGGCAGCAGCACUAACAUUAGUCGAAGAUGUCGGGUCAGACGCUGACAGAUCGCAUCGCAGCUGCUCAGUACAGCGUUACAGGAUCAGCUGUAGCCAGAGCCGUCUGCAAAGCAACCACACAUGAAGUGAUGGGGCCCAAGAAAAAACACCUGGACUAUUUGAUCCAGGCAACCAAUGAGACCAAUGUUAAUAUUCCUCAAAUGGCUGAUACUCUUUUUGAGCGAGCAACAAAUAGUAGCUGGGUGGUGGUUUUCAAAGCCUUAGUUACAACACAUCAUCUAAUGGUUCAUGGCAAUGAGAGAUUUAUUCAGUAUUUGGCAUCUAGAAACACGCUAUUCAAUCUCAGCAAUUUUUUGGACAAAAGUGGAUCACAUGGAUAUGAUAUGUCUACCUUCAUAAGGCGUUAUAGUAGAUACUUGAAUGAAAAAGCAUUCUCCUACAGACAAAUGGCAUUUGAUUUUGCAAGAGUGAAGAAAGGAGCUGAUGGUGUAAUGAGAACAAUGAUUCCAGAAAAGCUGUUGAAGAGCAUGCCAAUAUUACAGGAACAAAUUGAUGCACUACUUGAAUUUGAUGUUCAUCCAAAUGAAUUGACAAAUGGCGUCAUAAAUGCUGCAUUUAUGCUUCUCUUUAAAGAUCUUAUCAAGCUUUUUGCAUGUUACAAUGAUGGAGUUAUUAACUUACUAGAGAAAUUUUUUGAAAUGAAAAAGGGACAGUGUAAAGAUGCUCUUGAAAUUUACAAACGGUUUCUGACUAGAAUGACCAGAGUAUCUGAAUUUCUUAAAGUUGCAGAGCAAGUUGGAAUUGAUAAAGGAGACAUUCCUGAUCUCACACAAGCUCCCAGCAGUCUUAUGGAGACCCUUGAACAACAUCUAAACACGUUGGAAGGGAAAAAACCUGGGAACAGUGAAGGGUCUGGUGCUCCUUCUCCAUUGAGCAAGUCUUCUCCAGCCACAACUGUUACAUCUCCUAAUUCUACCCCAGCAAAAAGUAUUGAUACCUCUCCACCAGUUGAUCUCUUUGCAACUUCAUCUACAGCAGCUCCAGUCAGCACUUCCAAACCAUCCAGUGAUCUUCUAGAUCUUCAGCCAGAUUUCACAUCUACUGGGCAAGCAGCUCCAACUGCUCCAGCAGAAGCGACUUCAUGGGGAGGCAAGUGAGAUCUGUAGAAGAUAGGCACCAUGAAAAUUCUCAACUAUUGGCUCUAUUACUUCUUGGAUUUCUUAAUCAGCCCUUGCUCAGUGAGUGGUGGUAUUUUUUUUAGUUGGCCUGUAAGUGUAUUAACAAUCUUAGGAAUCCUAAACGUUGAAACGCUAUUUCCUGAAAUACUUACAGCUGAACAAAACUGCUGUUAUCUGCAGCUGUAUCUGCAUAGCCACAAUAUGCAAAAUCCUAAAAAAUUUCAGUUCAGGCUAAUGCUACUUUAUAUCAGAAACAUUUCAUGGACUCAAAUUCUCUGAAAUUUCUAAGGAAGAAGAGGCUUUUUGGGCAAUGUAUUUUAUAUAUCUGGUCAGUAUUUUCUCUGAUUUUUGAACUCUUAGAGCAGCAACUCUUGUGGAUCUUCUAGCUCUAAAGUUUUUUCCGUAUUAACCACCUAUUUUCAAAGAUCUUAAGGCCAGAAAGGAAAAUUAUGAUCAACUCUCCUAACCUUCUUUCUACAGAAUACAUGCCGUAGAAUGUCACCUAGUUUUUCCUGCAUGAAGCCUAUAACUUCUGGUUAAGCUAGAGCAUAUCCUUUUUAAGGACAUCAAAUCUUGAUAUAAAGACUUCAAGUAAUGGAGAAUCCACUACAUAAGUUGUUCUAGUGGUUAAUUCCCCUCUGUGUUAAAGAUAUAACAAGAUCCAGUGGUUGGGAGCCGGAGCUAGACAAAUUCACGAUUGUCCCUUCUAUGUAGAUAUUUGUAGACCAUGACCUCUUAAUCUUCUCUUGGAUAAACUGCAUAGAUGAAGCUAUUUUCAUCUUCCUUGGUAAAGCAGGUUUUCUAGACCUCAAGUCGUUCUUGUAAUAGUUUUCUGAAUUUUUUUCCAAUCUGUCUACAUCCUUUUUAAAGCAUGGGUAACCGAACUGGACAGAGUAUUUCAGUAAUAAUCUUACUAAUACCAUCUAUGGGGGUAAUAAUACCUCCUUACUUCUCAAUAUUUCCUCUUGUACAUCUAAGCGAUGUGUUUCCUCUUAGCCAUUGUAUUGUACUGGAGCUCAUGUUUAGUUGGCUGUCCACUAUGACCAUAAGUCUUUUUCUGUAUUCCAGAGUAUUUGUCCCCUCUCCCAGUCCUAUAAGUGUGACCUAUAUUCUUGGUUCCUAGAAGUAUGACCUUGCAUUAACUAUGUUAAAAUGUGUGUUCAAGUGACUCCAGCUUACCAUGCAUUUCAACUCAGUGUGUAGAACUGACUUAUCCUUGUUGUCUGCUCCACCAGUUUUUAUCAUCUGCGGAUUUUAUUGGCAAUUAUCAAUGAUCUGGAAGAAAACAAGAUUUAAAUGUGGAAUAGCAUUGAGUCCAAAACAGAUGGCAAUAGGUCCCCACUAAAAAUGCCCUCAAUUAAUGAUGUUUACUCAUUUACAGUUAUUUCUUUAUCUAUCUAUCUAUCUAUCUAUCUAGACAGCUUGUAACAGAUUUAAUAUGGGCUACAUUGUUUUUUGUAUUGUGUUAAUUUUUAAUUAGUCAUGUGGUAUCAAGUGAAAUACCUUACAGAAAUCUAUAUAUGGUCAACAUAUGCCUUUAUCAACCAAACUUUAAUCUCCUCUUAAAAAAAAUAGGCCAAACUUGAUUAUUUUAUCUUUCAUAAAAAUAUAUUGUCUGGAAAUAAUUAUGCAGCCAUGCUUUAAUUCUUCAUUGAUGGCAUCCUGUAUUGGCCUUUCUAUGAUUUUGUCUUGGAUCAUGGUCAAGCUAAGCACCCUGUAGUUACCCAGGUUAUCGUAUUUACCUUUUAUAAAUAGUAGCAUAUUAGCUUUUAUCCAGGCCACUGGAUUUUGUUUAAAUAUCAACGUUGCAAACAUCUCAGCCAAUUCCUCUAAAAAUCCUUAGGUGCCCAUUAUCUGCAGAAUUAAAUUCACAAUUGUUCUUUAGCAUUUUUAAACAUCUUAAUUACAGUUGAAGUAGAAAGUAUUUCAUUAUCAUGUGAAUGUCCUCCAACUUGUUUCUGCAUACAGAACAAAAAUAUUUUUGAACCCUUCUGCCAUAUCUAAGUCUAUGACAAUUUUAGCAUCCUUAUCUGGUAAUGUACCUAUAACACAACUAGAAUUUCUUUUGUUCUUGAUGUAAUAAGUUCCUUCUUAUUUUCUUAUAACUUACUGAAUGUAAUUUUUAAUACCCUUUUAACCAUUUUAUUAGGAAAGCACUUGUUUUGACAAUUUGAAUUAUUUUUUUAUUCUAAUAAGUCUCUACUUUACCAUUGGCAGUAAUACAAAUAUGGUGACGGGUUAAAUAUGUAGUAACUCUGUGUGAGAUAAUAUGCUAUGGCAAGGAAUAACUCUGUGCCUUACUCUGACACAUCCUUCAGGCAACUGGCAAAUCCAUUAAAGUAUUAUGUACUGGAAUAGGUUGUUUUUUAUAUAUUUUGUGAGGUUUCUUUAUUUUGAAACUGGGAUUUAUUUUUUCAGUCUUGGGGGAUAAGAUAGGAUUUAAAAUUAGCUCUAAAAAUUAAGUUAAAUUUACCUAACUAAAUAUCCAGGACUCCAUAAGAGAAUGCAAGCAGUCAGUAAAUGUAUUUUAGAUUCUCUUCCUGUUGCUUUGCUGAAAUUUGUACACUGUGGAAUACGCUUUCAUAAAAGCUAGGCUUCCUUUCCCAUGGGGUACUCUGGGCUUCCCAUCCACUUCCUUCCUCAGUGCUCUUGCAUCAGUUAUUGCAAUUCAGCAGAGGAAAUCAGAAUGCUGCUAUUUUCCAGUGUUUGUACACUUGUCAGGUAAAGGGACAUUGUUGGAAAGCAACAAUAGAUGUUUAUGCUUCUACUCCCUAUCCUCCUCUGUGUUAUGUGCCACCUGCACGCAAAGCCAAAAGAGCUUGAUACUCAAAGCCAGAUCAACUCAUUAAAUGGUUUAGGAAUGAUUCAGACACAAGUGGGGAGGAGAAAAAAAAAUGAGGUUUCUCCUGAUAGUCAACUUUUAAAUGGUCACUAGGUAAAAUAAUUAAAAAGAAACUUAUACUGUCCUUAGGUCUUAAAGGUUAAUUGUAAACAAAAGCGUAUUUAUCUUCAACUGGAUAUGGGGCUGCCUUCUUUUAAGAAAGGGGAGGAUAGUUCAGCAAGGUAUAUGGUGAUUGCUUUAGGUUCCAAAUGUCCAUCCCCCACUGCUUCUAGCUGUCUCCUUUUUUCAUUGGUGUUCCAACAUACCUUAUAUUGCAUCCACCACAGAACUCUGUAAGAAUAGGGACUGCCUGAGGGCGUUGUUUAUCAUAAUAUGCCAUUGUCAACUUCAUCUCUUUACAAUGUAAAAUUAAAAUAAUAAUAAACUAAAGAAAGUAUGAGAUGGGAUGCACAAGUAUGGAGUAUUUCACCAUUCAUAUGAACCUUGUGCUACAGUUGAAGUGAGUUAUUCUAGAACGAAGACAUGAACAUGGCAGAAAAAAUUGGAUAAAUUAAAUUUAUAACUGGUCAAGGCUCUUCAUUCGUCCCGACUUCUUCCUUUGCAUCAGUCUAGACAGCAGCUCUCACAAGUAUUGAGAAGUCGACAGUCUACUUGUCUUCAUAUGCCACAUAUUCCUUUCUUUCAGCAAUGCCAAGCAGUUGUAAUGUGUGAACCAAAAGUUUUAACAUUCUCUUAUAGCUUGUAACAUCUUCUUGUAGGAUUCAAGAAACUUGAGUCUCUAGGCUUCAAACCUCGACUAAUUUUAUAUGCUGAAAGAAGUUUAGAAAUGUGGAUCUAGAGAUAGGGAAAAGAAACCAUGACACUAAGAAAGAGAGAAUAGCAGUUGUGGCUAAAAGCCUGUUUUUAUUUUUACAGUUUAAGGCACAUCAGAAACUUUGUUUUUAGUACAGUGACAUAAUCUAUAUCAC